GUGCAGCGCUGAGUGACUGACAGGUGCACAGGGGAAAACCAACAUCAUGUCCAGCAAGCCGAAACUUCACUAUUUCAAUGGAAGAGGAAAGAUGGAGUCUAUUCGUUGGCUUCUGGCUGCCGCUGGCAUCGAGUUUGAGGAAGAAUUCCUUGAGACCAGGGCACAAUAUGAAAAGCUCAUGGCAGAUGGAGCCUUGAUGUAUCAACAAGUACCGAUGGUUGAGAUCGAUGGAAUGAAAUUAAUUCAGACCAAAGCUAUUCUGCAUUAUAUUGCAGCAAAAAACAAUCUGUAUGGAAAAAACAUCCAGGAGAGAGCACAGAUAGACAUGUACGUGGAAGGAGCUGAGGACCUGAUGGAGCUCAUCAUGCGCUUGAUAUUCCUUCCUCCUGCAGAACAGGAGAAAAGUCUUACACUUAUAAAAAAACGAGCCCAAGAUAGAUAUUUACCAGUAUAUGAAAAGGCCGUUAAUCAAAACCCCAGUGGCUUUUUGAUCGGUGAUAAGCUCAGUGUGGCCGAUGUUCAGUUGUUGGAGCUGAUCUUCAUGAUCGAAGAAAAGUUUCCUUCAAUUCUAUCGGAGUUUCCCAAACUACAGGCGUUUAAGUCAAAGAUAAGCAGCAUCCCAACCAUCAAGAAGUUCCUGGAACCCGGCAGUGCAAGGAAACCGCCACCCGACCAAGAGUACAUGCGGAUUGUGAAAGAAGUCCUUCGCUUUUGAGAAGGGAAGGAGAAACGUGGGGUAAACUUCCAGCUGGGUGUAGAUUGACUUUAUUAACUGGGCAUUUCAGAACAUCCAGGAUUUGUCGAAUUCUUAAUUACAGCCUUUAAUUUUGACGCCAAUUUUUCUGUAGGUUUCUUUUGUUUAAGUAAACGGGUUUCAGAGUUGAGAUUAAAUCCAACAAUUUCGCACACUUCGUUACUAACAGUGAUUCCAGACACAGGUGGAAUUUUCUACUCAACCAGUCAUCAAAAAAAGUUGGCGGCACAAUUAAUUUCUUUUCGGCAGACUGUAAAACUCAUGAAUAUAUUGUGUGACUAAUCAUUUAACACUGCAAAUGAUCGACUAAAAUCAAGUUUAAUGACUGAUAUCAAAUCUAUUUCAAUGCUUAAAAUAAUUUGUUGCAAUUGAAUUAUAAAAGGCUUCCAAAUGGUGUGUUGUGCAUAACUUGCUUGAUCCCUACAUAUGACACAGAUUCACAUCUCACUGUGAACUGGAAGGGAGAUUAAAUCAAUUAGAACUCGC